AUUGAAUUUCUGAUUGAUAACUAGUGUUAUGACUUCCCUUUUGACGUUUGCAUUCGUUGAACAGACAUGUGAACAGAUUUACCUCCUUUUGCAGCCAUUCCUCUACAGUAAAGCUCGACGACAGAGAUCUCAGUCCACACGGCAUUGACUGAAGUUCUUGUGACAAACGCUCGAAUAAAUGAAAACUGUUUAUCGGUGGACUGAGUUGGGACACACAUGAGAGUGACCUCAAGGAAUACUUUGGUGCGUUUGGAACCGUAGUGGACGUCAGUAUUAAAUACGAUGCCGUUUCCGGUAAUCCCAGGGGUUUUGGUUUCAUUACUUUCGCCGAUGAGAACUCCAUCGACAAAGUGUUUAAGUCCGGCUCUCAUGUGAUUAAGAACAAGACGAUUGAUCCGAAGAGAGCGAAGUCGCGUCCCAUUUGUAAGAAGAUUUUCGUCGGAGGAAUCGAUUCCAAUAUGACUGAAGAGGAGAUUAAGAAAUACUUCCAGAAGUUUGGCAGCGUCGAAGGCAUUGAACUGCCUUUCGAUAGGCAGCGGAACCGGAGGCGAGAGUUCUGUUUCAUAAUCUUCGAUACGGAAGAGGCGGCCGAAGCGGCGGUGAAAGAGGCGAAGCAGACGAUCGGCAGUAAGGAGUGCGACAUAAAGAAAGCACAGCCACAGCCGGUCGCUCAGCAACAGAAGCGUAUGCAACAGCAGAACUACAGCAACGACGGCUACGACACCGGCGCCGGCAAUCGCAGGGGUGGCAGUGGCGGAGGUGGUGGCGGUCGACGCAACCAAUCGGAUCAGUACCAGAACCAGAGUCAGAGCAAUUGGAGCGGCUAUAACGGGACCGUCGCCCCCAACUAUUACGGCAAUUACUACGGCAACCAGUAUCCCAGCGCUUACGGCUAUCCCAACCAGAACUACGACUACUACAGUCAAUACGGUUACAGUUACGGUGAUUAUUGGAAUUAUUACGGCUAUGGCGCCGACGGUACCACUGGUGUCACCGGCGACUACUCACAGACGGCCACCGCCGACACCACCGCCGCCUACGGCACCGCCAGUCAGCCCACCUCUCAGUCUUCGACGCACUCGCACACCCAUCACAGCGUCGGCGCCUCCGGCAGCGCUUCCGCCGGCAAAAUCGUGCGCAAGUCUGGCUCCUCCACCUCCAACUAUCACCCCUACAGGAGCUCCACUCAACAU